GCGGGCGGUCAGGCGAUCAGGCCAUAAAGAAUGAAGAAACAAAAAAAAAACCUGAAUGCAGGCACAAAGGAAAACUUCUCGAAAAUUAUUUUAGUUGCCCGAGUCGUCGUGCAGUGCAGUCGUGUGGAAGUUUUACGGAGAAGCCAGAGCGAAAGAAGAAGGAGCAGGAGAAGGAGGACCAGCGCCAAAGUGUUAAUACAUUUCUCAUAAAUAUUCGCCAAGCAGGAGGCAAUCAUUCCGGUAGUAUCCGGUGGGCUGCAGGCGAUUUCCAUUGAAAACGAAAUCCGAAAUUGCACAAUCCGUCUGCACUGCACUGCACCGCUCUGUUGGUUAUAUAACACGCAGAAUUGGAAAAGAUUGAAAGUUGCUUAUCCGAACAAAGUGGAAAAUCUGCGAUAAGUCGCCUCUGGCAUUUGUGGAAAAUGAAAAAGACGCUCGUUUAAAAGCCGGCAAGCCACAAAAUACAAAUAAUAUUUUUGCACGGGUGCAAUUUUGACAGCAAAAACGAAAACAAGCAAAAGAGCAGCGGCAACUAAAAGAACAGCGAUAAAAGUGUUGCAAGCCAAAAGAGCAAGCGAGAGAAUAGAUAAGAAAAGAGAAGAGAAGAGAAGAGAACAAGUGCCCGCAAGCAAGAGCACAAAUUUAUAAAUAAAAAAUAAAAUCAGCAGCGCGAGGAAGAGAGUGCCAGUGGAAGACAGCCACAAAAGAGACAGUGAGAGUGAAAGAGUGUGUACGAAAGAGACAGAGAAGAACGCACACAAAGGAGAGACAUGCCGGAGCAACUGGGUCUCCAGUGGUCGACGCCGGAGUCAAAGAAAAAUGCGCCCAUUAUCAAGAUGUCCUGCGGCAUCGGCGACACUGAUGGCUUUCCCGCCUUCGAUGUCGAUUCGGAUGCGUAUGCCUCCAAGGACGACACCAAAUGGGGUUUCCUGGUAACCGGUGGCGCCGAGUUCCACAUGCCGCUGACAGUGUUCCAGGUAACACCCGAUGGUCUGGCUGACAAGGCGGGCAUACGUCUGGGCGAUAUUAUACUCGAGAUAAACGAAGAGGACGCCACGCAGCUGACGCUGACCCAGGCCCACGACAAAAUCAACGCCUCCCCCAAGAAGAUACAUUUCCGGCUGCGCAACAUGGAGGAGGACGAUCCCAUGGGCCAGUUUGAGGCCGGCGAGGAGAAGUCGAUUGUGAUGCGAGUGCCAAAGCCGAUGCCGCCGCCUAGACGCAUUGAGGCCAGCUCCAUUGAGAUGCGACUGCUGGAGAUGCAGCGGAAGCUGUCGGCCAUUGCCGAAAUACCCAAAAUUCUGUCCUCCACCCUGGCCACGGUGUCGCAGAGCUUUGGCAGAAUGAGCGAGGAGGAGGCACAGGCACAGGCCGCGGCCUAUAUACAGCGAAAGUGCUCCUACGACGAGGAUGCCCUUGACUACGAGCUGAGGAAUGGGGGAGACGAGGAUCUGGUGGGUGACACUGACACCGACAUUGACACUGACACGGACACGGACACGGAGGGUGUUGACAGUGCUGAGGAUGAUUUGGUACUGGUACAGGUACAGGGCGGUGUGAAGCAAUCAAAGCUGCUGAAGGAUGUCACCCCGGAAUCGGAUUAUGCAUCGGAAGCCAAUUACCCGACAAAUGAUGGAAGCGAUGCCAGCGAUGACUCCGAGAAGGAGGACCAGGAGGAUGUGGAGGGGAGCGCGGCUGGGAAUGCGGUGUUCUUUAUGAAGCUGCCUGCAGCGUCAGUCGAAGAUGCCACCUCCUAUCCCAGCAGUGGCUCCGAAACCAACGACGACGGCGACGAUGACGAUGACAGCGACUUUUUGAGCACCACUUACACAUGGAAUCUUCGCAACGUGCCCAAGCUGCGCAUCAACGAUGAGGCUGAGGUAACCGAUGAAACCAAUGCUAAACUGACGCUGGGCCCGCACAAGCAGCAGCAGCAGGACGAGGAGCAGCUGAAAUCUGUGGCUGACACUUCAAAGGUGCGUCCUGCCACACCCACACCUCAGGCACCGUCGCAGGAGUCGGCCGAGGGGCAGACACAAAAGUUGCUGUUCAAGCUGGACAAGCUGGAGCGCUCCUGGCCCUGGGCAGACCGUGAGAGAAUCAUAUACAAGCAAUCCACAUGCCAUUUGGUGCCCCGCAAGCCGCUGGGACUGGUCGGACAGCGCAUGCAGUUGCUUCUCAAGGCGAAGAAGCAGUAGUCCCGACUCUAGCUUGAGUUCAAAAGGCAGUGCGGAGAGAUUGGAGUGUGGAGGCAUCCAACUUUUAAUUGAGUUCAUUAUGUAACAACAACAGGAGCAGCACUGACUCAGGCAUCAGGCAUCAGCCAGAAGGCAGCAGGCAGCAGGCAGCACACUUCAAUUAACAGCCACACAGCCGCACACCAGGGCGUAUGUGUAACAACUUGAUGCAAAGUUAUUCGCUCCUGCCACGCACUCACCUCCCUCCGCCCUGUCGAUCUUUCGUAAUUAAAGUGCACUCCCAGAUGCCAAAAAAAUGACUGCCAAGCGAAAGUCAAGUUAAAGGAAAACCAAAGCCCAGAGCGAGCCAAGCCAAGCCAAGCAAAUGUUAUUUUCACUCCUGCUCCUGCUUCUGCUGCUGCUCCACUCUUGGCAAGGCUUGUGCAUUAUUAUGUUGGCCAUCUGUUACGUACAUUUGAACCAGAAGCACUUAUCCCUCAAAACAUCUGAACGUGUGCCUCGUUCUUGCCACUCGGGGGCACAGACAAUGCGUUUUGUUUGCUGCUUGCUUUCUGUUUCCCUUACACUUGGAAUUUAUUCAACUUUGUUUAAUAUUUUCCCCUAUUUCUGUAAGUAUAUUUUGCUAGUAAAGACAUUUAAAUUUA